GACGUGUCUGUGACGUAUGAACAGUGCACAAGAAGCUCAUUUUUUCUCCACCAGGCAAACUUCCACCACAGACGAAGCGAGGCUCCAGAAAUCAGCACCUUGGAGAGCGACACACCGCAGCUGGAGGAAGGCGCGCGGAUCCUUGGCAUCGCUCAGCUCCCGGUCCGGUCCGGACAUGAGGCUCUCUGACCACCGUGACGGCCUUACGGUCCGUGCGUGAUAAACGCAGAAGAUGCCGCUGCGCGUGUCCAGCGAAAGGGUUUAAGUCUCCGUUUCAGCCAGAGUUAAACAGCCGCAGUCGCGAGCCAUGAUGGGGAUGAAGCUGUUCGUGCUGCUGCUCUUGUACCUGGACCUGAGCGCCGCUGCGGCAGCCAAAAAACCCAAACAACCCAGAAAGGCUCCCAGAGCCACGGCCAGCCCCACGGGGCUCCCGAAGAAGUCCCCGCAGCCGGCGGCUGCCAGCCACCACGACACCUGCCAGGGUUACUACGACGUGAGCGGCCAGUACGACAAAAUGUUCGAAUGCAACAACACGGACCACCGCUACUGCUGUGGGACGUGCUAUCUGCGCUUCUGCUGCGAGUACAAGAAGGACCGUCUGGAGCAGAACGCCUGCAGGAACUACGAGAAGCCCAAGUGGGUGCAGACAGUCACCCCGUCGCCCGUUCCCACCGGGGGAAGCUACGAUCCCAGCAUGGACCAGACCAGCACGGCCGUUUACAUCACCUGUGGGGUCAUAGCCUUCAUCAUAGUGCUUGGGGUGUUGGUCAAAGUGGCUUAUGAUAAAGCCACGGAGCCGCCCCAGGAGAUGAAUAUACACAGGGCGCUAGCAGACAUUCUGAGGCAGCAGGGGCCCAUCCCAAUUUCACAGUAUGACUGUGAAAAUUUUGCAGCGAUGAACGGCUCAUCCAAAGACAACACACCAGUCAGAACCUCAUCUAAGAACCACUACACCCCUGUGCACACUUCUAAAUCCAACCUGGGUCUCCACUACGGUAAGGAGAGUGUCCGAAGCAGCGGGGGCAGUGACCUUCACAGCUUCAUUUCUUCUGGUUUUGUGACUCUUGGUCGAAGCCAUCCAAAAGGUACCCAUCAGCACAGUUAUAACCAUGUGGCAAUAGGUAGCCCCCCACACACACCUAAGAAUGCUCACCGAUCACUGAGGCGUGAAAACAAUCGGAUAAGCGGCAUCCUGACCUCACAGACGGAGCCCUACGACCUGUCUUUCUCACGCUCCUUCCAGAGCCUGUCCCACCUUCCACCCUCCUACGAGGCGGCCAUCAAAGCCGACCUCAACCGGUUCUCAUCCCUGAAGAAACUCACAGAUAAAGAUGUGGAGGACUACUACACUCGGAAGCGUCACCUGCCUGACCUGGCAGCAAGAGGAACCCUUCCUUUGCAUGUUCUCACGAAGAGUCAGGAACAGCACUGGGACCUACAGCAGAAGCAACUUCAGGGUCAACCUCCACAGUCCUCCAUCUCUCAGGCUCCUGCCCACUCUCAGUCCUCACAGCCGCAGUCCCAGCAGAGGCAGCGCCCCCGACGUGUCCAAAGGGCCAUGUCUCAGGACCGUGUCCUAGUCCCACAGAGCGGCACACACCAGGAUUAUGUGUCUUCAGAAGGGAUUUCUCCAUAUGGAGGCAGGAUCCUAUCAGAUGAACAGCUGCUGUCGGCUGAACGUCUUCGAUCUCAGGAACGCCUCCUACCGCAGGAUCGCCACACCUCCCAAGAUCGCCUGUACUCCAAGGACCGCGUGUUCUCCAAGGACCGACUCUUUUCACAGGAGCAUCUGUACUCAAAGGAUCGCCAUUACUCUCAUGAACGCCUCUAUUCACAAGAGCGCCUGUACUCACAAGAUCGCCUCCUGUCCCAGGAUCCUCUGCUGUCGCCAGAGAAGCUGAUGAGGUCCUUGAAGCGUGGAAUGGUGAGCAGCAUUUCUGGUGGCUUCCAUGGAAGUGACAAGUCAAUGUCACGUGCCAUCUCACACACAGAUGUGUUCACACCAACAACUCCCCUGUUGGAUCGCUACCAGAUGACCAAAGUGCACUCCCAUCCCAGUGCCUCAAACAACGGUGGUGGUGGCAGCGGCGGCGGGGCAGCCGCUAACCAAACAGCUACCAAAAGACAAGCGUUUGCCUCCAGACGAACUCACACUGUAGAACAGCUUCAUUACAUCCCACAGCACCACCAGCAGCAGCAGCAGCAGCAGCAGCCACAACACUACCGCACUGGCAGCAAGACGGAAGUGACCGUGUAACAACAGCCACCACCUGACUUGUGCUGGGAGGAGCACUGCCGAGUGCCACACAGUCAGGUCCAUCGCGGAACAUGUCCACAAGUCAGAGACGCCAGGACCAAGAUCACUGGAAGCAUUAACAACACCAGCCCACGAGCCAAGGCCAGGGGUCGAGGGGGGGGGGGGGAGGUUUAGUACUACCACAUAACUAGCCUAAUAACACGUCUACUGUCUGGAAACUUCUUCUUAUUCAUAGUUUACUGGUUCUUGGUGGGGAGCACUGACUGCGUCUGCCUUCAUAACCUACCUUUGCCCCACGGACCUAUUCUGUGAGCUUUUCUGAAAGGGCUUAGCGUGGUCGAACAGCAUUAUUGAGUCUCUUGUACAAGACAAGACCACGACUAGAGUCAGCCUGUAGCAAUGUUAUAAAUAUAUAAAUAAGUCAUACAUUUGUACACCCUGUCCUUCUGCUAGCUCUAGACUGUGAAAGAGAGAGACACGGCUGUUUUCAGCUGACUGCGGAUCAGAAGACUCCAGUCAACCUGAUUGAUCUUUGAAUGUUUAAGCAGAAGAUUAUAGUUUCUUUUACUUGUUCAGGGACCAUAAACACACUUCGUAUUAACGGCGAGCCGAUCCAGUCUUACUACACUUCAUGUUAGUUCAUGUUUCUACCGUAAACGUCUCUUUUCCGGUGCCUCUCACAGACAUUCGUUUUCUAAACACAAAGUUGUUCUGUGGAUUAAAAGCACAAUCAUUUCAAUGAGUUGUCUCUUUGGAUGUUAUCUUUGAAUCUGAAACGGGACAGUCAACUUGUUUUAUUAGCACAAUGGCAGUGCUUGUUUCCCGUUGCUUCUAGUAGGAACCUGUAAAUAAGCUAUCCUAGCAGCUGAAGACCGGACAACCCUGUACCCAAUGGACUUUGUGUUGGACUGUCUGUUUUCAACGGACCCUUAAAACAUAGAAGUCAACGCUGUUGUGAGUUCCAACUACUAACCCACUUAAUGGAGUUAAAGACAUGUCUGCUUGGACAAGAGGUGAAUGGAUGUGUUGAUGAUGGCAGAAACAAGGCUGCUAAUGUUUGGAGGUGUUGCAUCGAUAUCUAGAGACUUGGGUUUGUUGCCUAUGGAUCUGAAGGCUUGUCAAAGUAGGUCGAAUAAACCUUCCAUAUUUUCCUAAACAUGCAGCCGUGCUUAUUCAGGUGUUUCCACUGUGAUUAUUUCCAGAGCCACAGACAGACCAGCUGUUGUAGAGCACCUUCCUAGGGUUCUACACCCCCCCCCCCCCCCCCCAAGGCGUUUCACAACACAGUCAGUCAUCCACACAUCCACACGCUGGUGAGAUGUGCUACGAUGUGGCCACGGCUGACACAGGUGAGGCCUGCCAUACACAGGCGCCACCGGUCCCUCCGACAACCACCGGGCUAAGUGUUUUGCCCAACGACACAAAAGCAGCAUUCUCUGGUCACAACCUGCAGUCUUCUGAUUACCGGAACAGCCACUCUACCUCCUGAGCUGCUGCUGUCCCACACUUGUCCUCAGGUCCUCUGUGCAGCUGGACAAUGAUGUGAAAGCUUUGGUGGCCUGAAACCCUUCUUCAUGAGUUGAGCCAAUAACACACACACACACACACACACACACACACACACACACACACACACACACACACACACCUUUACAUGACCUGAACAGAAACACCUGGAACGUUAAACGGUUCCGUUCUAAAACCACGGUGAGCUCUCGGCCAGACAGCGGUGGACAGCAGGACUGCAUCAGCGUCUCCAGCGUGGUCCAGCUAGAACAUGCUACAAGCUGAAGGAGCAACUUCUACAAGAAGCCAACGGUGACAGCAGGAUGGUGCACUCUACGUAUCUCCUGGAGUUCUUCUGGUGUCUCUGGGGUGGAGACAGACUGAAACCCAGGUCUGACGGACACUAGCGACGUGGUGCUCUCUAACUAAAUGUGAACUGCUCUUCAACGAGAGCCGAGUCCUGGAGAACAGUUCACUUCCUCGUUCAGAGUAACGAACUGAUGUAAAUACGGGACAUUUUCAACAGUGUAUUUGUUGGGUUAUUUUUAUUAAAACCAGGGAGAUCUCGGGCCAGUUGUCCUCCCUGAUGAGACGGGAAGACUGGCACAGGAUAACACUUACGUUUUAAUGAAGCAACAGGUGUUUUACAUAUAAGGCAGCUAUGAUUUUAAGCAGUAAUGUCAGCGAAAACCAAUUUUUCUCUAUCAAUAUUAACAUUCUGACAUCUUUGAGAAACAAAAUAUUAACACAAGUUUUUGUAAACUCUUAAGGUACAAAGCAGUAUUUUUUACAUCAAGCUACCUUAUGGUAUCAUUUAGUUAAGACUUGAUCAUGGCUUCGUUCAGGUAGACAUCUGAGCCAAAUUAAAUGGAAUUGAAAACAGGCAUGCAUGAGUGUGUGUGUUCAAGAUGAAGGAAACACUCAGAAGACUUGGUUCUCAUCCGGACUCGUAGACUGAAAGCACCAAACUGGACCGCUUUAGAGGCAUCAUCUGCUGCACCUCGUUCUCAUCAAUUCAAAUUCAAUUCAAAGAUACUUUAGUAAUCCCAGAGGGAAAUUAGAGUUUCAGUACACACAUUUCUGAGAUCAGGGGGGAGUUAUCACUUCAGCCCCACAGACUCCAAGGGCACCAGAUUCAGUCAAAAAUUGUUUUGGGGACAGACAGAGAUAAUUUCCUCUCUGCAUUAGUGUUCUGUUGGUCUUCAACCCCUCUAGAUCCAAUAAUGGCGUAAUUAAAAAUGUUGUCAUUCGCGUUGAGAGACCAACUGACCAGGUCCAUUUUUAAUAAUUUCCAGUUUCCAGAAAACAUGCAGAAAGCGCUGUACACACAAGACAGGACUAAGAGCCUUGAGAUAAGGAGGGAGGGAGAGGAGAAACUCUCCAAGAGCUGGAAGAAGAACCAGUCCACCCUGCCCCUGGCUUCGUUAAGAAGGUAAAUGUAAUCCUGCAAAAGUUAGAUGAUGAGAUGAUUUGUGUUGGAUUAAGCUUUUAAGGACUGUUUGUUUUGGUUCUCUGAGUCAACAUGACCUGUAGUGCCUAAAGGUCAUCAGCCAUCUUCGCUUGUCUGAGAGAGUUGUGCUUCCAAACCAAACUGAAGCUGUUUAUAGCCACCUGUCCAUGAGCCCGCCUCGCCAUAACAAGCUCCUCUCCUCACCUCUGCCUCUGCAGGAGGAGACCAGCCUCUGUCUACACAGGUUAUUACAACAACAAAACCUUACAACAAUGAGUGUUUCAUAGUGAGUGGAAUAGUCUCUUAGGAACUGUUGUUACACAGUCAAGUGUAGUGAGGACAAAAGAGACAUGAUGACUUGGUUGAUGAACAAGGAAAACCAGUUUAUUUUCCUCUGGUCAAAAAAAAAAUACAGAAAAUCCAGCCGUCUUCAAAACGGCCACCCAUCCAUCUCUCUUCCAGUCUCAGUCACUUUCAGAGAGAGAUCGCUUUGCCACACCCAGCAGUCCACCUAUAUACCCUCUGACCCC